AUGCCGGGCAAGAUUCGAACUGCACAGUCUGUCUCACUCGACAUCCCAGCCGCGGACCAGCCUGGUUUGCAUAACCGUUGGCAUCCCGAUAUUCCGACAAUCGGAACCAUCGAACCUGGAGAAACCGUAAAGAUCGAAUGCGUUGACUGGACCGGUGGCCAGAUUGGCAAUAACGAUAGUGCUGAAGACGUACGCACUGUAGAUUUAACCAAAAUCCACUAUCUAACCGGCCCCUUUGAAAUUAAAGGCGCUGAACCAGGAGACCUCUUGGUUGUAAACAUUACGGACGUUCAGCCCUUUGAAGACUCACCAUGGGGAUUUACUGGAAUCUUUGACCGCAAAAAUGGCGGGGGCUUUCUAGACGAGCACUACCCAAAGGCUGCCAAGGCUAUUUGGGACUUUGAUGGCAUAUAUUGCACUAGCCGACACAUUCCUGGAGUGCGAUUUGCUGGCUUGAUUCACCCUGGAAUCCUAGGAUGUGCCCCGUCACAGGAAGUUUUGGCCGAGUGGAAUCGCCGAGAGGCCGAUCUUAUCUCGGCUUGCGUCCACAGUCAUCCGAACAAGGUCGUCGCACAGCCUCCAUUGGCAGUGAAUGCGCAUACAGGUCAAGCAACUGGAGAUUUGAAGGUGAAGAUUGCCCGCGAGGGAGCGAGAACUAUCCCUGGACGACCAGAGCACGGGGGAAACGUUGAUAUCAAUAAUAUUUCAAGAGGGUCAACAACUUACCUGCCUGUACACGUCGCCGGUGCAAAGUUUUCAGUCGGCGAUCUCCAUUUCAGCCAAGGCGACGGCGAAAUCAGCUUCUGUGGCGCCAUUGAAAUAGCAGGCACUAUCACCAUCAAGUUUGAUCUCAUCAAGGACGGUGUGAAGUCGCGAGCUAUCAAGAGCCCAGUUUUCCGGCCAGGCGAUGUGGCUCCCAAUUUUGGCCCGGGACGGUAUUUGACAUUUGAGGGCUUCUCUGUCGAUGAGAAUGGCAAGCAACACUUUUUGGAUGCAACUGUGGCCUAUAGGCAAGCGUGCCUCCGCGCAAUCGAGUAUCUCAAGCAGUUUGGAUACUCUGGAGAACAGAUUUAUCUUCUCUUGUCGUGCGCCCCGAUCAAGGGCUCAAUUGCCGGUAUUGUAGACGUACCGAAUGUCUGCACAACUCUGGGGAUUCCUAUGGACAUAUUUGACUUUGACAUCUCCAUUGAAGCCGUACCGCAGAAGCGAGAUCUCGGGUCUUGUCCAGUUUCGAGCGUGUAA